CCUAUUUACUUUUUUAGACGAAAAGAGUGAUGAUGCAGCAGUCAUAAGACUAUUUUGCUUUAUCUCAAUUUGUCGGAUAAACAGAUAUUAGAUAUUUCAAAGUAGCAUUACCUUGUGUCAAAAUACAGACAUGUUUAGCUCAGGCAAAGGAAAUUUCGAUAAGUUAAUAGAUAAAGCAACAAGCCAGUUACUUUUAGAGCCGGAUUGGAACAGCAUUUUACAAAUAUGUGAUUCCAUUCGACAAAGAGAUGUUCAACCCAAGUAUGCUUUUUCAGCGAUAAGAAAGAAAAUUGUAGAUAAAAACCCACGUGGUGCUUUAUAUGCUUUACAGGUAUUGGAAUCUUGUGUGAAGAAUUGUGGGAUUGAAUUCAAUGAAGAAGUUUCCAACAAACUGUUUAUGGAAGAACUUAAGGAAUUGCUUUCAUCUGGUAAUGAAGAACUGAAGAAUAAAAUACUUGAACUGAUUCAAGCAUGGGGAACUGCAUUCCGCAACGAACCAAAAAUGAAGACAGUAGUGGAUAUGUACAACCUAUUGAAACUUGAAGGUCAUACAUUCCCUCAACAGAAGGAGAGCGAAGCAAUGUUUGCAUCUGAAAAAGCUCCUGAAUGGAUUGAUGGUGACAGAUGCUUCAGUUGUAGGACUGAGUUUGGAAUCACUGUUCGUAAGCAUCAUUGCCGUCAUUGUGGUCAAAUAUUUUGCAGCAAGUGCACGUCAAAGCAAUGUGCAAUUCCCAAGUUUGGGAUAGAGCGUGACGUCCGUGUCUGCGAUUCCUGCUUCAUUGCUAUUCCAAACACUAAAUCGAAGACAUCUUCAAGCACGUCAACUUCAACUUCAAAGGAAACCAGCGACCUACCAGCAGAAUAUCUUGCAAGUCCCUUGUCACAGCAAUCACAGCUUCCUGUCAGAAAGCUUCCACCUCAGAAGAAUGAAAGAGAAAUGCAGGAGCAGGAGGAAUUAGAAUUAGCCUUGGCACUGUCACUAGAUGCCGCUGAAAAUAAACAUCUGAUAAGUAAAGAGAAGUCUGCUACUUCAAGUACUUCAAGUAGUACACCAGCAUCUUCUUACUCGGCCCCUUCCACAACUAGCACACCAUAUACAACUUCAGUUGUAGAUCAAGAGGUGGAUCCAGAGCUUGCUAGGUACUUGAAUCGACCAUACUGGGAGCAAAAACAGGACAUACAAGCCACACCCUCUGCUCCAGAGGCAACGCCUGCGACAGCCCCGCCAAUUUCACAGUCUACCAGCCAACCAAUAUAUGCCACGGUGAACAAAGUACAAGAGAUACCGGUGCAGAAUGGUGAUGAUGAAAAAUUUGCGUUUCUUUCGGCAUUGUCUGCCAGCAUCGAUACAUUUAACAAUCGCAUGAACAGUAACUCGAUGCGAGGGCGCAGUAUCGCUAGCGAUUCUACCGUGCAGAGUUUGUUUAUGCAAAUCAGCUCCAUGCAUCCGCAGCUGUUGACGAUGAUGCAGGAGCUUGAAGAUGGUCGAGUUUUGCUAGAGAUCUUAUCUGAUAAUUAUAUUAUGGUAAGAAGUUUGCGAGAAAAGUUGGAUGAAUUAAGGAAGGAGUGCUCAGAUUGGAACCGGGACCAUCAAACCAACAUGGAGGCUUUACAAGAUAAAUUGGCCCAGAUAAAAGAUGCCAGAGAAGCACUGGAUGCAUUGAGGGAAGAUCAUCGGGAGAAGUUGCGGCAAGAGGCAGAGGAAGCUGAAAGACAACGCCAGAUACAGCUUGCUCAGAAGCUGGAAGUUAUGAGACAGAAGAAACAGGAAUAUCUGCAGUACCAACGACAGAUAGCAAUGCAGCGCCUUCAGGAACAAGAGAGAGAGAUGCAGAUGCGUCUAGAGCAGCAGAAAUAUCACCAGCAGAUGAGGCAGAUGCAGUACAUGCCUGGCAUGGGGAUGCCACCACAAGGAAUGAUGCCAGGAAUGGUACAACAUGGCAUGAUGUCACAAGGUAUGCAACCAGGAAUGACUCACCAGUCAGGGAUGGCAGGAAUACAACAGCCACCGCAAGGUAUGCAGCAACCGCCACAAGGGAUGCAGCAACCUCCGCAAGGGAUGCAGCAACCGCCACAGGGGAUGCAGCAACCUCCGCAAGGAAUGCAGCAACCUCCGCAAGGGAUGCAGCAACCUCCGCAAGGGAUGCAGCAACCUCCUCAAGGGAUGCAGCAACCUCCACAAGGGAUGCAGCAACAUUCGCAAGGAAUGCAGCAACCUUCGCAAGGAAUGCAGCAACCUCCACAAGGAAUGGCUCCUCAGAAUAUACCACCUCAAGGAAUGCAGCAACCACAAUAUGGACAAACAUUUAAUACUCCCAGUUCAAUGCAUGGUUCACCAUCGCAUGUACCAUACCAGCAACAGCCCGGGCAACCACCCCAGCAGACAAUGGAGCAGUCCAUGCAACGUCCUGCUGUACCGCAAGGAUACAACCAACCACCACCGCAAUACCAAGGCCAAGCACAACAAGCCCCUGGAAUUCAAGGCCCUGUCACUGGCUAUCAGCCUAUGCAGUACCAAAGCUCCCAACAGUUUUCCUCACCCAACACACCCAUGGAAUAUACACAAGCCAACCCUUAUAAUAUGCAGAGCAUGUCCAAUGCACUCCCCCAGUCAAAUCAGCCAUACGGUGCACCCCAGGGACAGAUGUAUCAAGGGGGUGAAAUGCCACCCCCAGCGCAGGUUCCGCAACAGGCCCCACAACAGGUUCCACAACCAGCUGAAGCAUCCCUCAUAUCAUUUGAUUGAUCCAACAAGUAAUGUAGACUAAGCUUGCAUUCAUCCUGUGAAAAUCUCAAUGUCCUGUGUUUUCUCUUCUUUGAUUGGCACUCCGUGGCAGAUUACCGUAGUUUGCUUAUAUAAGCCCACUCCUAUACCUUUUGUGUAAUUUUCAUGUAAAAUGCUUUACUAUUGUUAUCCAAACAACCUAACAUCAAAGGUUUUGAAGCAGGUAUGAAAUAUAGCUCAUUGAAAUUUAGCAUAUAAACAAUUUGUUGCCCUAAUCCGAGGGUACAUAGACCUCCCUAGGCUGGGCUCUUGUGUAAGGUGUUAGCUAGAUCUAUCCAGCUUAAACUUACUUGUGGACUCAAAAGUCUUUCAAUUUUCUAGUCUGCAAGUAAAAUCCCUUCUUCCCAACAUGACCCAACCUCAUAUUCAAAGGACUGGGCUUAUUUAUAAGGAACUAUGUUAAUGCUUAAUUGCCGCUAUCAGAGGAUAAUGCGAGACUACUAGUUUAUACCGUUGUAAUAAAGGUUCUCUUUAUAAAUAGAAAUUUAUUAAUUAAAUAUAUUAUAAGUUACCAAUGAAUUAAUAAAUUUUAUUUAAACAGAAAUUAUUUUGUAGAUCUAAACAGUAAUUAUUUUGUAGCUCCAAUCUGGUCAAUCUGACCAGUUCCCAAACCAAUUAUUUUAGAUAUAUUAUAUUCACAUAGUUUUGUUUUUUUUGUCAGUGGUAUAUGUUAUAAAAUAGAAAAAGUUGGAGUUCAGUGGCUUGUUAAUUUAUUACUGUGUACCUGGGGCGGAUGCAAUGGGGUGCUGAUGGUGCAAUCGCAACACCCCCCCCCCCCAAUUGUAUUAAGUAAAACACUUGAUGUCAGUGGCGUAUCUAGGGGAGGACGCGGGGGGGCUGGCACACCCCCCCACAAUUACUCGCAAUCACGGUCAAGUAGUUUAAAAUCACCAUAUUUUGCAAACUAGCACCCCUCA